AUGCUACAUGCAACAGUGCAUAUUUCGUUUUCGAACUUAUCCCGGCGUAUCGACCGUACUCGUUGUACUUAUAAAUACACAAUAUAGCCUCCCCGUAUUAUAAUGAAUCUAUUGAAUCUCAUUUGCCAGCAGAGUCAGAUUGUUCUUUUCUUAAAUUUUUUUUUACUAUUGCAAAAUUUUAACCGCUCGGCGCUUUUCGCACCGAUGAAAAAUGGGGCUGUUGAACUUCUGACGGGACGCCCGUUGUCUUGAACACAUUUAAACGUACCUACACAGGUGCUGUAACAACUUGUCUGUAAACGCGGAGUACUCAACACGUCAUACUGUGCGUAUGUGGGUGCGUGUUUUGAAUACGCACAUGGAUCGGAGCCACUCCCGUACUCGACCUUGUCCAAUCGAGCGGACAGAGGGAGCCGCUAUCAAUGAACGAGAAAAAUUAAAAUAUUGCAGUUUUUUUCUAGUUACGAACGACAUUCCUCGAUCAUAACCUAAGCCCACUUUAGUUUCUUAACUAAAAAGACUUAAAGUGCACCAUCGAUCUAUUUAAUUGUGAUUAAUCUCUAAAAUCCUAAAUAUCCACUGAGCUGACUUUCUGCCUUUACCAACUGAUCUUAAAUAUUCUAGAUAUCAGGUAUUACGAUUCGAAAGCAAACGUCAUAAUAGGACUCUCAGGAUUGGUCGUGCCCAGAUAAACGGUUGACCAUAUUUUUCCUCUGCUGAUUUUAAAAGAGCCAACUCACGGAUUCACAGUAACUCCGCGGUUACAACGAGGCGUACAGUUUCGUGAAAAAGUCCUCGAUCGUACUGAGAUAACGUGGCGGCGAUGUAGAAACAUGAAUUAUUAAUGCCCACCGGAUAGUCAAGAUGCUACGACACUCAUGAUAUAAUUCUUAAUCCGAAUGUACAAGAAUACUUGAAGACUGAAUGACUCAGAGCGCGAAGUCAGGGACCGGCAGAUAUCGGAUUAUUUAUGUGACGCAACAUAAAUAAAUGUCUGGACAAACACAAAUCUCGAAAAUCCUAUAGGUUCUUACAAUAUAAAAUUCGACGAGCCAAAUAACUAUCGCCCAGCUACUUUCAUUAUAAUUACAGCAAUUUAAGUAUAACUACUUAUGAGGCAAUCUACCCCUUUGCGAUAGUGGCUCGUAAUUUUACAUUUCUCUGAACAGAUGGCAGUCUGCUAUUUCAUCGGUGUCCGCCAAUCAGGAUAUCCAUUGGAACAUUUUUGCCAAAUAUGGCGUUCUUAUAUGUUUCGGCCAUAAAGUGGUUAGAGGUCGCCAAUGGGAUGUUGAAGUUUUCGCCUUAUGACGACAAUGAUGUAUGCCGUACAUACGUGCCACAUAGUUGGCUACGGUUCCCAAAGAGAUCUGGACUCAUUGCGCGAAAGAUGUCAUCUUACGGUGUUGGUAUAAGCGAGGAGACACGAUCUUACGCAACAGCGAAAAACGCUGUUAUCAUUGAUCUGCGAAGUGACACGCUUACCAAGCCAUCCGAGGCCAUGAAGAUGGCAAUGUAUAACGCUGACCUCGGAGACGACGUAUACGGCGAGGAUCCAACUGUUAAGAAACUGGAGAAGAAAGCAGCGGACCUCCUGGGUAAAGAAGCGGCCGUAUUUGUAACGUCCGGUACAAUGGGUAACUUGAUCGCCAUCAUGAAUCACUGCGACGUGCGCGGUAGCGAAGCUUACUGCGGAGAAGAAUCGCACACGAACUUACAUGAACAAGGAGGUGCUGCACAACUGGGAGGUGUGACGUUGUCAACAUUGCCAAAUGAGUCUAAUGGUACUUUUGACUUGAAAAAAUUGGAAUCCAAACUCCGUUCCGAUCGUCUCCAUGAACCAAUCUCAAAAUUGGUAAUCGUUGAGAAUACAAUUAAUGGUAAAGUUUUGCCACAGUCCUGGAUCGAUGAUUUGGUGAUCCUGGCAAAGAAACGUAAUUUAAAAUUGCAUAUGGAUGGUGCUAGAUUAUGGAAUGCCUCUGUUGCUUCCGGUAUACCUGCUAAGGAUAUAGUUUCCGGUUUUGACUCUGUUACUUUUUGCUUGAGCAAAGGAUUGGGAGCGCCAGUUGGUUCUUUGUUGUGUGGAAGUAAGUCCUUUGUUGAAAGAGCGAGGAGAAUCAGGAAGGUUCUGGGUGGUGGGAUGAGACAAGUUGGUGUAUUGGCUGCAGCUGGUUUGGUGGCCAUCGAUGAAGUAAUUCCAAUUUUGAAAGAUGAUCACCGAAGAGCUGCUUCCAUCAUGACUGCUAUCAAUGAAAUGAAGUCAAGAAUAUUUUCUGUCGAUUCAAAAACAACGCACACUAAUAUGGUUAUGGUUACUCUGAAUGGAUGCUCGGCUAAAAAGUUUGCUGAGAGAUUACAGUUGGUAGCUGAUGAUGAUAACGAUGAUGAUAAGGCAAUAGUGAAGAGUCUCGCUUUGAACGAAUCAUUGGUUAGAUUUGUACUAUACCAUGAGAUCAAUGAUGAACUACUGAACUCAGUUAUUCGUAAGGUCAGAUACGUUAUCAAGGAACUGGAUCCUGUAUUGAAUUCUUAAAAGAUUUAAAAAACGUUAAUUAGACUUUGUGUAUCUUACUGAGACAACGAUGACGAGUCAAUGAUCGUUUGAAACGUGUCAUUAGUAUACAUGGAAUAAUAAACGUACGCGUAUUGGGCACCGUAUUGUGUUGAUAUUCAAUAAAUUGAUUUACUAUCAAAUAUAUAAAUGAAAUCUU